GAGUUGUUAUCCAACGAAUGGGGAAAAGUAGACAUCAUAGUCCACACGAACAUCUUCACCAAGGGAGUUCGAUUUCGUCAGGCAGAGAAAAGCGCAUCGAUCAUUCUCAUGAAUCUGUCUUUAUUAAACCCGAGCCUCACGAAGAUGUUUCACACAAACAUUCACGUUCCAGUUCAUCUAAACAUAGACACACUCAUAGAAAACACCGGCAUGCGUCGGAACAGGGAUCCCCUCUCUCAGCCGAACCUGAAAGACAUCACAAUAACCGAAGAAUACGAAGUCCUGUUGUCAUUAAGUCUGAAAACGGCUACAAAAAACGUCGUUUACAUUCUCCUGUGGUUCUUCGUGACAGGCAUACAAACAGAACCAAUGAAUCCUUUCACGAGAAUUCUUCCAAUCAUGUCCGUUCUUCAAACAGUCAGACAAACUUUUCUCGUAGUGGACUUUUAAACGAAUCUUCAACUGUCUCGAAGCAAGCCGCUCCGGUACAGAAGCAGCGCGCUAAUUUCGGUCUCUCAGGCAAACUCACCGAGGAUACCAACACCUACAAAGGUGUGGUCAUCAAGUACAAUGAGCCAGAGGACGCACGAAAACCAACCGAACAUUGGCGUUUGUAUGUGUUCAAGGGGAACCAAACGUUACCUAUCCUUCAUAUCCACCGCCAAAGCGGGUUCUUGAUUGGCCGGGACCGAAAAAUUGCCGAUAUCCCUAUGGACCACCCAAGUAUCUCCAAGCAACACGCCGUAUUACAAUAUCGAUUUGUACGAGGAUUGGUCCGCUUAUACCUGAUCGAUCUGGAAUCCGCCAACGGAACCUAUCUGAACAAUCAGAAGAUCGAGUCCAGACGCUACUACGAACUUAUGGAGAAAGAUUUGAUCAAGUUUGGUUACUCCUCUCGUGAGUAUGUGGUAAUGACUGCUCAGUUAGAUGAAGAUGAUGAGGAGGAGGAGGAGAAUCCCGAUGAACAUGGUUGACCCCAAUCAGAUGAUGCUCUGUACACAUGUGUAUAUAUAAAUUCUAAUUUUCCUCAGCUCGAAAGUUGUCCGCUGGCUUCCCGAAUCCGAUCCACCUAUUUACUCAAUGCUUCUCCAAGCCUAUUUUAUGAUCUCUUUCGUUACAACUAUUCGGUCUUUAACAAAUAGUUAUGUUCAUCUCGU